AUGUCUAUUGUGUCCAAUUUUCUCCUUACUCCACUCAUUUAUGAGCUUCGAAAUGUUUCAACGCCCUUGUGUACAUUGCCUGGCCACGAGAGAGCUGUUAGUUAUGUCAAAUUCGUGGAUUGUGUGACCCUCGUUUCUGCAUCAACCGACAACACAUUAAAACUAUGGGACCUCAAUAAAGCCGAUUUCGCUUGCUUAUCAACCAGCAGUUGCAUCUUAACCUUUAAAGGUCAUACUAAUGAGAAGGUAUGUUUCAAUAGUUUAGCUUUGCAAUUUUGUUGGAUUGCAUGCGGUUCAGAAACUAAUGAGGUGUUUGCUUAUUAUAGAUCAUUACCUAUGCCUAUAACGUCCCACAAGUUUGGAUCGAUUGAUCCCAUAACGGGUAAGGAGACCGAAAAUGAAAGCAAUCAUUUCGUUUCAAGCGUCUGUUGGAGACAAAAAUCGGAUAUGGUUGUAGCAGCCAACUCCACUGGAUGUCUGAAAGAAAGGUUUUGACUUUUUUGCCCCUCAAGAUUUAUGUGUUGACUUUGACCUAGUGGUAGUUAGUACAUCUCAGUCUUGAGUUUCAUUUUCACCACAUAUUUCUUCAUCUAUAUUGUGAUAUUAGGUGUAGAAAUGUAGAAUCUCAAAGUUGUUAAAAGCGGUUGUCGAGUAUUAUGUUGUACAGUUCUCAUUUUUGAGGUUAAUGAAAAAUUCAUUUUAUUGUAUCAUUUUCGUAUUUCUGUUUGUACAAGCACUUGUGCUCGGUGGAGAAGAUAACGAAAAAGUGCAUCUACUGAAAGAUCGGUCAGGCGAAUGAUUUGAUAAUUGUUGUUGCGACUUGGCUUGGCAUGGCGUGGCGUAUUUGUUAGCAUUAUACUUUCCUAUGUUUAGUAAUCUUUAAGUUUUACAUUAAAAGAAACAAAGAGAAAAUGUAACAUGUUUUUCGCAGGUAUGUUCUCUAGGGUCAACGCCAUGUAGACUUCCACUUCAACUUCAGAAAUCUCCGGUGCUCAUUGUUCUUAAACCGACUAUCAAUCUCCAUAACUUAGGGACAAAGCGAGUUGUUCUCACCAAAUGUUCUAAUAAGA